AUUCGGUAUACCUUAUUUUGUGUGUUCAGUCAUGUGUUCUCCCUUAGAUUUCAUGAUGAAGGCAACUAUUUGGCAAAACUUUUUUUUUUCAUCCGUACGCUUUCAUCAAUGAGGGGUUCCCAAAGUAUGUCAUCCAUCUCAUCAAAUCUACCUGGCACCAUCAAAGCCAAACUGAUGGGAUAGUUUUUGUCUCCUCUGUGAGUGAUUAGGUCGGACGGAGUCCCAUGAUUGACCUGCCUGCGGGAAACAUCACCAUAGAGAUCCGAGUCUUCACGGUUAGCGGUCUGCACACGGACUGGGUUUCCCCGCCACUGCAGGUAUUGCCUCCAUCGAAGGAUGGCGUGAGUGAAUAUGCAGCGAUGUUCUUCGACUAUCCAACAGGGCCGUUCUUCUUCCAGCUUUCCUUGGGGCAGAAGACGGGCGCCUUUUUGUCCUCUGUCGCUGUGGCUGCGGAUAUUGCAGCCCUGGCACUGGAUGGAGAGAAUGUCAUGGAGCUUGUAGACCUGGCUAUGGACGCGAUGGCAAAAGUUGAGAUAAACGAUUUUGACACGGUCAAAGGAGUGUCAACUACGAUUCUACUGAUCACCGCGGUACCGCAUCACGUGUCAGCACAAGCUCAGGUACACGGGGCGUCAGCUCUCAAGGCAGCCUUUAAGACGACCAGAAGGCUGUCAGGCAACUGGCAAGGAAACAGCUCCGAACUUUCCGUGGAUGACGUGGACAACGCUGUGGUGCUCAUGUUUACAGGUGACGUAAUCAAACCAAACAUAAACAGAGGCAUCCAGGAUUUUGUGCAUGUUUGUUCCUCGUAG